AUGGCACAUAUCUUCGGCAACCAUGUUGCAGCCUCAGUGUUCACCCUAUCCACUUUCCACCAGCUACCACCUGAUGCCAUCCACACAGCCAGAUUUGUUGAGCACGUCGACCGUCUCUUCGACACUCUUAACAGUAGCCACCUGCACGGCAAGACGAAAUAUUCUUCGGCAAUACAACAGGGGUCUGCUCACAAGGACUUCUUGCUGGAGUGCCUGUCCGAGUAUGAGAAGAUUACAGUUCCUGGAUGCAAGAGACCUCCCCCGUGUAUCCGUGGCGUCUGCUUAACCAUGACUUCCGUGCUUCAGCUCAGCGAAGACCUGCGAAACUCUGGCAUACUGUACCUCCUCACUCGAAGGCUGAACCAGGAUGCACUCGAAAACACCUCCUGCAUAAUUAGGACAAAGUGUGGAAGCAACCCUGACUCCAGCUGCAUUCAGUUCCAGGCAGCAACAAGGCAUCUGCUACUCGGACAACUUUUUAAGACUACGCAGUGCUCCAACUGUGCUGAAGACGUGGACUCCCUCCUGGCGGCAAUACCUAUUGGUCCUAACUGCAUGAGCAGACUUGGGUGUUCUGCUGCCAGGCACAUCACUGACGAUGUCAUCAUGGCACCCAGUGAGUCGCCAUCACCGCUAGGGUCCAACAGAACAACAUUCUUCGCAGGGUGGUUUGGUGCAAAAUUUCUCGGUGCUCACACUUGUCCCUCUGAGCAGAAAUGCAAACUGCUGGAAGACAAUGCCACAUUUCAGGACAGUAGCCAACUAAUACUUUUUUUUGUGUGUGUAAAGAAUGUGGACAGUACUGACUUUGGAAAGCUUUCAGUUCCUCUUCCUGCCUUUGCGACGUUUGUGGGUGCGUGCGAGGAGGCCUUCAAAGCAAACGUCAAGACAUUCUUCACCUCCCAAGGGGUCAGGUCCAAGCUGUGUGAAGUGUUGGACACACUUGCGCCAAAGACAUUGAGUUUAUGUUCUUCAUCAGUGUAUGAUGAUUUAUUUCACAUUUUUCUUAGGGUGCGACUGUUCUGGUUUGCACGACAUAGGAAUGAGGAAGUACGAAAUAGUACGUUACGUCAAGAGGCACUGCAGCAGGCAGUGAGACUAAGUUCAUAAUCUGUGCACGUUGUUUUAAUGUAACCAGAAGUUAUUUUCUUUCCAUGCAAAAGCAUAUGCAUGGUUCUGUUGUCUAUCCAGUGCUUUCAGCUGUAACCUAGAUUGCACAUGAUCUCUUGUGAUUCUUUCAUUCCUGUGUAGCGUACGAUUGUCAUAGUGCACUUUUACACAUAGUUCCUUACUGUGUUGUUUGUAUUUUGACAGCCAUGCAGAGUUCAGUA